UUCCCUUUCGACCUUCUACUGGUAUUACCCAUCGUCCUCCCUUUCCACCUUCUGCUGGUAUUACCCUCGUCCUCCCUUUCGACCUUCUGCUGGUUUUACCCAUCGUCCGGCAAUGGCCCGCAAGAAGGUGCCCCUCCGGUACAUUGGCAACUCAACACAGCGCCGUACUUAUGUGACGCGCCGCAACAACCUGGUGAAGAAGGCGGGCGAGUUGGGCAUCCUGUGCAACACCAAGAUCUGCAUGCUGGUGUAUGAUGAGGGCGCCGCGGCGCCGGACGUUUACCCGUCCCACACGGAGGCGGUGGCUAUCCUGAAUAGGUACAAGAACAUGCCGGACAUAGCACGGUUCAAGAAGGUGGUGACCCAGGAGGAGUUCCUCACCAAGCAAGUCGCCAAGCUCCAGCAUGAGGCCGACAAGCUCCGGCGCGAGCGUGAGGACCGCGAUACCAAGAUCCUUCUGCACAAGGCCAUGCUCGGCGGCAACCUGAAUGCCGAGGAGGUCGCCAGGGUUGGUUGUAAGUUGCAGGAGAUCCGCAAGAGCCUCGCCGAGCGCAUCGCAAAUACCAGCGGGCAGCCGCCGGUCUUCCAGCCCCAAGCGCCAUACGUCACCGGCGGUGUCGACAUGGGCCCUCCGUCGACGGACCAGGGGCCGCCGCAGCAGGAGGGCUGGCAGCCAGAGGUCUUCCAGCAGGCCCAGGCACCACAGGUCACGAGCAACGUCGACAUGGGCUAUCUGCCGACAUAUCAGGUGCCGCCUCAGCAGCAACAAGGCUGGCAGCCGCAGGUCUUUCGGCCCCAGGCGCCAUACGUCACCGGCAACGUCGACAUGGGGCCUCCGCAGAUGUAUCAUGUGCCGCUGCAGCAGCACGGCUGGCAGCCACCAACCUUCCAGAGGUCCGAGGGGGACGGUGCCUUGCUCUACAAUGCUAAUAACGGUACUGGUGGCCACGACGGCGCCGGUACUAGCUCUAGCGCCGGCUUCCCCAUGGAUGAUCUGAUGCAGUUCUUCAACAAUAUGGGAUCCGGGUUGCAGUGAGCGCGAUCGUGAGGAGCAUCUUCUUCGAGUAGAGGAUCGAUCCUCACAUGCAAUGCAUGGUCAUGCGUGUCGUCUCAUUUUACUUAGUCUUUGCAUGGUUAAGAUGCAGGAAUGGUCGUUAAUAAGUUGAGACAUUCAGUCUCGGUCGUGCUCUUUGAGCGAAGGCAUUUUUAUUCUAGUCGUUGAAAUUGUUAUACUGGAUUUUUUUCUGUCA